UUCAACUCUCUCAGAUUUUUCUCUCAAUCUCUCCAAUGUCGAACCCGGCGGUAUUAACGAUCUUCGACGGUGAUCUUCUUAGAUCCAUCGAUCUCAACCUACCGGAACUCCAACACGGCGUCACCGGAGCUCAGCUUCUCGAAAUCUCUGAAUCUAAGGUUUCUCAAUCUCUCUCGGGACUCUCACUACCGCCACAUCUCAAAAACGCAGCGAUUUCUCGUGUUUCCGAUGGAGAUGACGUCGAUUUCCGACGUACAGAGUUCAAUCAACAACAAGCUUCUGAGAAACUCGGAGUUUUCUUCUCCGCCGUUGCCGAUGCUCUUAAAGAGAAUUUGUUCACUGAUUUGGAUGAAGAAGAUAAAGGAAAGCUUUGUAAAAGCGAGAUACGAAAAGCUCUUGUGCAUAUGGGUGUUGAAAUGGGUGUUCCUCCACUCUCAGAAUUUCCCAUGUUAGAUGACAUUGUUAAGAAGCAUGAUGCUGAUGGUGAUGAAGAGCUUGGACAAGCACAAUUUGCAGAACUAUUGCAACCAGUUCUACAAGAUAUAGCAGAUGUCCUUCAUGAGAAACCAAUAACCAUUGUCCAGAACGUUGAGAUUUUCACUGGAUCAAGGAUUCAUAAGAUUCUGGCAGACGAGAAGAAACUCAAGUGUCUUGUAGAGAAAACGAUUUUGGAAGAGUCGAACGGAAAAGACAGCCAAGGAUGGGUAAAGACUUUGAUAAUAAAGAAUGGAAAAGAGUUGGGAUUGCCUCCGUUAUCUUCAGAUAACGAACAAGUGGCUCUUCUCUAUGAGACCAUAUUUUCUCUUUUGAAUAACAAAGAGAAAGAAACCGCUGAUGCUUCUACAAAAGAGGAGUUUAUGGAUGCUCUAAAAGACAUACUCAAGAAAUUUGAGGAGCUACUCGAAACCACACCGAGAGUGGCUUUAGAACUCGGACUAGACGGUGGGGGAAUUGAAGAGUGCUUCUUGUUUUGUGGUGAGCCUGAUGAAACUAGAGACCACCUCUUCUUUGCAUACCUCUACUCUUACAUGGUUUGGUUGGAGAUCUCAGGAAAUUUUUUGCAGCCUGUUGCGGACCCAGACCGGAGUGAGGCUCUUGCAGCUUGAUCUUUAAGUCCUAUGACAGGAACCACUACAUUCUGAUCCAACUAGCUUUUCAAGCUAUGUUAUAUUACCUUUGGAGAGAGCGGACUAAGAGGGAGCACAACAAGAAAUAUCGGACUCAUAU